CAAGAGAGAGAGAUAAAAGGGUGAUGAAGAAGCUGAUUAGUAUCAAGAAAGUGAAAUCCUAGUUUAGUGGGAUUCUCAUUCUCUUCCCACCACUGACACUACCAACACAUAACCAAGUAGCUCUCAUAUUCUUUCCCAUUUGUCUCAUAGUAUAUUCCUUUUUUUUUCUCUCUUCUUCACAUUUAUUCAUUUAGCUUGGUUCAUGUAUUUUUCAUAAAGAAAUAAAAAAAAUAAAAAGAGUCCUCGUUGUUUACCCUUUUGAGUCCUGUUUCUCAAUGCCAUGUGGGUCCCUCCUUUGCACUACCAUAUUAUGAUCACUCAAUUCAUUUGAUUAUAUCUUUCACAUUAAUUCAUCAUUUUGUGUGUGACAACAAUUAUCAGUGUUCAUGUUGCUCUUCAACAACUCUCAAAACUACUAGUUUUAUUUCAUUGGAGAUCAAAGAGGUUUUCAUGUUGCCACCAAAUCCUCUAAAAAUAUUGAUGAGGUGGUUCAUCAUAUUCCUUGUUGUGUUGAAACUCAGUUCUGCAACCAAAGAUCCUGAUGUAGAAGGUGAAGCUCUGCUUGAUCUUUUGAAUUAUCUUAAUGAUUCAAAUAAUCAAAUAACAGAUUGGGAUAGUCAUUUAGUGAGCCCUUGUUACAGUUGGUCACAUGUCACAUGUAAAAAUGGACAUGUCAUAUCACUGACCCUGGCUUCAAUUGGAUUUUCUGGAACACUUUCUCCCUCAAUUGCCAGAUUGAAAUAUUUGGUUAACUUGGAAUUGCAGAACAACAAUCUUUCAGGCCCUUUACCUGAUUACAUUGCCAACUUGACAUACCUACAAUAUCUAAAUCUUGCUGACAACAAUUUUAAUGGUUCUAUACCACCUAGUUGGGGUCAAAUAUCCAGUCUCAAGAAUGUGGAUCUUUCAUCUAAUGGUCUUACUGGAACUAUUCCAACACAACUAUUUUCAGUUCCAACGUUUAACUUUUCAGAUACUCACCUUGGUUGUGGCUCUAGCUUGGAGCAGCCUUGUGUUUCUAAAUCUGAUCAUCCAGAUUCAACCAAGAAAUCAAAACUUGCAAAGGCGGUACGUUUCGCGAGUUGUGGUGCAUUUGCAAUUCUGUUUCUUGGAGCCAUCUUUACAUAUAGACACCAUCAAAAGCACAGACACAAAAGUGAAGUCUUUGUUGAUGUUUUAGGAGAAGAUGAGAGCAAAAUAUCUUUUGGACAGUUAAGAAGGUUUUCUUUGCGCGAAGUCCAAAUUGCAACUAAAAAUUUCAGUGAAAGCAAUGUAAUCGGUCAGGGUGGUUUUGGAAAAGUGUACAAAGGAGCACUCUCGGAUAACACGAAAGUCGCUGUGAAACGCCUGACUGAUUAUCAUAAUCCUGGUGGAGAGGCUGCAUUUGAGAGAGAAGUUCAUCUCAUUAGUGUUGCAGUUCAUAGAAACCUCCUAAGACUAAUUGGAUUCUGUACAACCUCAACUGAAAGAAUCCUUGUAUAUCCUUUCAUGGAAAAUCUAAGCGUAGCAUAUCGAUUAAGAGAUUUGAAAUCUGAUGAAAAAAGCUUGGAUUGGGCGACAAGGAAGCGUGUGGCUUUUGGUACAGCACAUGGUUUGGAAUAUCUACAUGAGCAAUGCAAUCCGAAGAUAAUUCACCGCGAUCUAAAGGCUGCAAAUAUCCUUCUAGAUAAUGAGUUUGAACCUGUUCUAGGUGAUUUUGGGCUAGCCAAGCUGGUUGAUGCUAGGAUGACUCAUGUUACCACUCAAGUCCGCGGUACAAUGGGACAUAUUGCUCCAGAGUAUUUGUCCACUGGAAAAUCUUCUGAGAAGACAGAUGUUUUUGGAUAUGGCAUUACACUUCUUGAACUAAUCACCGGUCAACGUGCCAUUGAUCUCUCUCGUCUCGAAGAGGAGGAGGAUGUUCUUCUCAUUGAUCAUGUAAAAAAUCUACUAAGAGACAAUAGGCUAGAGGACAUAGUGGAUAACAAUUUGGAGACAUAUGAUCCCAAAGAAGCUGAGACAAUUCUUCAAGUUGCAUUACUUUGCACACAAGGGUAUCCGGAGGAUCGACCGACCAUGUCCGAGGUUGUAAAAAUGUUGCAGGGAGUAGGGUUGGCAGAUAGAUGGGCUGAUUGGAAACAACUUGAAGAAGCUAGAAAUAAAGAAAUUGAAUUAUCACUCAUGACUCAUCAAUUUCCUUGGAGUGAUGAAUCUACUCUUGAUCAAGAAGCUAUACAACUUUCAAGAGCAAGAUAGGCAUAACAUAAUUACUCAAGUCAAUUUUGAAAAUGUUGUUAUUUGUUAUCAUAGAAUAUUAAUAUGUACUUCACUAUGCUCUAAAGAAAGAAAAAAAAAAGGCAUAUAUACGUACCUUAAUUAAAGUCUGUAUUAUAUAUAGUUAUGAUAGAUAUAUUAUAUAAAAUGGAAAAGAAACGAAUGAGGGGGUUGGCAUGAUGUAUUUGAAUAGAAGUUGCAUUAUUAUGUGUAUCACAACUAUGUGUUUCUUUA